CCCUCCUCACACGAACAACUCGCACGCAUAAUCUCGCCAUGAGGCCUUCAAGUUUCCCGGUGCUUGCAUUGUUUGUCGCCCUCUUCCUCCUCUCCACCCGAGUCCCGGUGUCGGAAUCCGCGAUCUCGUGCAGCGACGUGUUGAAGGACCUGAGGCCGUGCGUGAGCUACCUGAAGAGCGGCUCGGGGAAGCCGCCGCCGGCAUGCUGCGCAGGGGUGUCGACGCUCGCGAAUGCGGCGACGAGCUCGGCGGAUAAGAAGGCUGCUUGCGCGUGCAUCAAGAACGCAGCCCAGAAGAUGAACCCUAACGAGCAGUUGGCCCAGGCUCUUCCUAGGAACUGUAAAGUCACCUUGCCCGUCGCUGUUUCAGCCAACGUUGAUUGUUCCAAGGUCGGCUGAAACAAUGGUGAGUCCCCAUGGUCACGGUUCAAGCUAUUUUGAUAAGCGACGAUUAUGAGCCUGUGAGUUGGAAUAAGGUGAAGGAGGAAUCUGCUGACGUUCCUUGCAUUUACGUUUCUCCCGUUUCUAUUUGCAUUUAUGAUGUGUACCGAUUGAUAAUAAAGCAUAUUGUGUCAGAAUAUGUUUGAUGGGGUGUGAUAGAA